GGUGCGCACCGAGGCGGUGGUACAGCCUGGAGCACCCGGCAGCUGCGGGCCGGGGACCCUGGACCCCUCUCCACGGCGAGAAAGAAGGAAGGAAGGAAGGAGCCAAGUCCCCCCCACCCAAGGAUGACUCUAAACACCCAGCAAGAAGCAAAGACCCCCCUGCGUCGGCGAGCUAGCACUCCACUGCCCCUGUCCCCCCGGGGCCACCAGCCUGGCCUGAGCACAGUUCCUUCCACUUCCACGCAAGCCCAGCAUCCACGGCUGGGCCAAUCUUCCUCCCUCAACCCUCCCACCCAGCAAUCUUCACCUGCUCCGAACGGUUGGUCCUCUGACUCCAGCGACUCUGAAGGCUCCUGGGAGGCCCUCUACCGCGUGGUACUGCUUGGGGAUCCUGGUGUAGGGAAGACCAGCCUAGCCAGCCUCUUUGCAGGGAAGCAAGAACGAGAGCUCCACGAACAGCUGGGAGAAGAUGUAUACGAGAGGACCCUCACAGUGGAUGGAGAAGACACGACGCUGGUGGUCAUGGACACCUGGGAGGCUGAGAAACUGGACGAAAGCUGGAGCCAGGAGCCGUGCCUGCAGGUGGGCAGCGCCUACGUCAUCGUGUACUCCAUCGCGGACAGAGGCAGCUUCGAGAGCGCCUCUGAGCUCCGCAUUCAGCUGCGGCGCACACAUCAGGCGGACCAUGUGCCCAUCAUCCUGGUGGGCAACAAGGCGGACCUGGCACGCUGCCGGGAGGUCUCCGUGGAAGAGGGACGCGCCUGCGCUGUGGUGUUCGACUGCAAGUUCAUCGAGACAUCAGCCACGCUGCAGCACAACGUGGCCGAACUCUUCGAGGGCGUGGUGCGCCAACUGCGCCUGCGCCGCCCGGACAGCACGGCCAGGGAACCACCCGCGCCCCGACGGCGAGCGAGCUUCGGCCAGCGAGCCCGUCGCUUCCUGGCGCGCCUGACCGCCCGCAGCGCCCGGCGCCGCGCGCUCAAGGCCCGCUCCAAGUCCUGCCACAACCUGGCCGUGCUCUGA